AUGUACAAAGUACAACUCUUGUCUUGCAUUGCACUAACUCUUGCACUCCUUACAAGCAGUGCACCUACUUCAAGUUCUACAAAGGAAACACAGGAACAACUGGAUCAGCUACUGCUGGAUUUACAGGUGCUUUUGAAAGGAGUUCAUGAUUAUAAGAAUUCCAAACUUUCCAGGAUGCUCACAUUCAAAUUUUAUAUGCCCAAGAAGGUCACAGAAUUGAAACAUCUUCAGUGUCUAGAAGAAGAACUCAAACCUCUGGAGGAAGUGCUUAACUUAGCUCAAGGCAAAAACUCUCAUUGGAGAAAUACCAGAGAAUCAAUCAGCAACAUUAAUGUAACAGUUCUGAAACUAAAGGGACCUGAAACAUUCAUGUGUGAAUAUGAUGAGACAGUUACUGUUGUAGAAUUUCUGAACAGAUGGAUCACCUUUUGUCAAAGCAUCAUCUCAACAUUGAGUUCAUAA